AUGAAAGCCAAUGAGUUGGAGAAUAUUCCUGAAGCGAAAGAGAGUCGGGAUGAUGAUGACUUAGUGGAUGAAGAAAGGGAUGAUUCUAGUGAAACAUCGGAAACAAUUCCAGAAUUCAACAAUAAACGGAUUAUAUUACAGCGAUUUACAGUAUAUAACUCCAAAAAUACCAUGUAUAUUGUAGGAUCCAAUUCGAAGGAAAGUCUUUUCAGAAUCUUGGAAAUAAACAAGGAUCCCAAAGAUGAAACCAAACUCACCAUCAUUGAGGAUAAAAGUUAUUUCUAUACUAGAAAAGAUAUGAUAGAAUUGAUAAAUGGAUUAAACGAGACAAUUGAAGGAGGUAUUACCAAAAUUGUUCAAGGUUAUGGACUUUUGGGGUUGAUAAAAUUUACAAAGGGCUAUUACUUGUCCAUAAUCACCAAAUGUAGCCAAGUUGCCAUCAUCGGGGGCCAUUAUAUUUAUCAUAUUGAUGAAACCAAAUUGAUACCACUCAACAUACAAUAUAAGAGACCCAGUAAAUACACCGAUGAAGAGAAGUUGCUAUCCAUUUUCAAAUACCUUGACCUUGGAAAAACUUUCUACUUCUCUUAUGCUUACGAUAUCACCAACACGUUGCAAACUAAUUUUAUCAGGAAUAAAAAGUUGGCCACCAAUUAUCAAAGAAAUGGAGACAUAAAGUUUGAUGGAGACUUAUAUAACAAUUUUGACCAUAACAAAAGAUUCGUAUGGAACAAACUUUUACUUUCACCUAUACUAGAACAUGAUGAUGUUGCUACCUACGAAUGGUUUCAACCUAUUAUUCAUGGGUUUAUUGACCAAGCUAAUAUCUCCGUUUAUGGUAAGAAAUUCUAUAUCACCAUCAUAGCUAGAAGAUCGAGUCAUUUUGCUGGUGCUAGGUUCUUGAAAAGGGGGGUAAAUUAUGAAGGUAAUGUUGCCAAUGAGAUAGAGACUGAACAAAUUGUUUCCGAUAUGUUGGUAUCUUCCUUUCAUGACCCCAAAUUCGGGUUCUAUAACAAUCCUCGAUUCACUAGUUUUGUACAACACAGAGGUUCGAUACCACUUUAUUGGACUCAAGAUUUGAACCGAUUACCUAAACCACCAAUAGAAAUCAAUUUAAGUGAUCCGUUUUAUCUGAGUAGUGCUAUCCAUUUCAACGAUUUGUUUCGACGUUAUGGGCUGCCGAUAAUUAUUUUGAACUUGAUCAAAACCAAAGAAAAAACUCCUAGAGAGCUGAAAUUAAAUUUGCAUUUUAUAAACUGUAUCAACUAUCUCAACCAAUUUUUACCUGAACAAGAUAAGUUACAAUUCAAUUCCUUUGAUAUGUCCAAGCAUUCCAAGAAGAAUCUCGACGUUAUCACGCCUUUACAAAAUAUAGCAAGUGAUUCUAUCGACCAAAUAGGAUUCUUUCAUAAUGGAACUGAUCUUGAAUCAACAAAAAUUCAAAAAGGAAUCAUUAGGACCAAUUGUAUUGAUUGUUUGGAUCGUACCAAUGCAGCCCAAUUCAUUAUCUGUAAGGAAGCUUUGGGAUAUCAAUUAGCAAGCUUGGGACUUAUAUCACCAACCACAAAAUUAUCAUAUGAUUCUGAUUUAAUUAAUAUCUUGACAGAAAUCUUCCACGAUCAUGGUGACACGAUAGCAAUUCAAUAUGGAGGUUCUAAUUUGGUUAACACCAUGGACUCUUAUAGAAGAAUUAAUCAAUGGUCAUCUCAUACUAGAGAUAUGCUUAAUAGUAUUAAGCGUAUCUAUUCCAAUUCAUUUAUGGAUCUGAUCAGGCAAGAAGCCAUUAACUUAUUCCUAGGAAAUUAUAUUUAUGAUAUUAAGAAACCCAAGUUAUGGGAGUUACAGAACGACUUCUAUCUUCACAAUAGCAUUUCUAUUGACGAUAUUCGAGCCAAAGUAAGUUAUAUUCAUUGGUAUAAUAGCACUUUUCUUGAGGGUAAUCGAUAUAAUUUACGGAAACUUGUCCCUGUUCACCCAAUUGAUGAGAAUUGGAAACCUUUUGUGUUUGAGAAAUUGAAGCCAUUCCCUGAUUUCAACGAUAACUGGUUUAACGAAUGUUACGUACCUAGAAAAUUCCAAAGUUUGACUGAUAUUUUUAUGUUUAAUAUGAACUCAAACUCCAGGUAUUUCCCUUCGAAUGUAGCAACCAAUAAGAAAUUCGAUUACAGUCCCUUCAUAUCGAGGAAACAGUUCAAAAAAGCUAUUGAUUUACCUAUUGAUGGAGAUCUAGCUGACUUUGAGGAUGAAGAAGAUGACGAUGACGAAGAUCAAGAAAUGGAAAAUAGUAAUGAGAAAACAUUCAACGAUUACAAGAAAGCACAUGAUGAAAGUUACAACUAUUUGAACAUAGCUAACGCCCAUAAAAUUAAGAAUUUAUUGACAUCAGGAAUGGAAAAAUUGGGUUAUAAUCAAAAUAACAAUCAUAAGCAUCAAAUUCCCAAAAGGAACAUAACUUCACCAUUCAUCAGUUCGGAAAAAAUUAGUGAAGAUGACAAGAGCUCUUUGGUUCCCACCCUUAACGAGGAAGACAAGCAAUUAUAUAUGAAUGCCAAUGAUUUGAGUAGAUUGUUGAAUUCUACAGCCUCAUUUCCCAUGGCUAGUCCUGAGUUGAGUGACAAUAAUGCAAACGUUUACAAGAAGCAUACAGAUUUGUUGAAUGAGAGUUUCUAUGAGACUGACUAUCAAGUCAACUCUAACUAUCUUGGCUUAAACCAUGAUGUAAUUGAAAUAGCUCAUGACGAUUAUUUCAGAUAA